AUGGAUACAACUGAAGAGCUUAAAAUCAGUCAUUAUAAGCUAUACAAAUGUUUUGAUUUUUUAGUUGUUGCCAACAAUAAAAUUGAGGUUGCCCAAGCAUUUGUGAAAUACAGACGGCCUGAGUACUUUCUGCCAUUAGUUGGAGUAGAGUUUGUCUCCCUGACAUUAGUCGGAAAGCAUUUCAAACUCGGGAAAUAUAGUGUGGUGGUCCUUCGAGGAGAAGUCCAUUCUGAAACACUUCGGUGCCUUUUACCAAAACUGACCGAUCAACCGAUAGGAAGCUCGUUUCUUCUUCUUCGACCGUUCCGCGAUGUUGGUAACUACUGUUUGUUGCUUCACAUUCUUCCUUCGUCCAAGAAGUUUACUUUAGCUAUGCAAUUUCUGUGUGAGUUGAUUGAUUCGACAUCUAAGGAAGAAGAAGAUGUGUUCAGAGUUUUGGUUUAUGCUAGUGAUGAAUUACUUGAUGUCAAGACAUACCGAGCUCUUAUAGGCUGCUCUUGGGAGUUGUUUAGGUGUUCUCCUGGGGAAGGUUGCAACUGUCCAGAUAUGUGUAGACUCCAACAUCUUAUUGAGGAUUCAACACUUGUAAAGGUAGGUAUUGGAAUUGAUGGUGACUCUGUGAAGCUUUUCCAUGACUAUGGACUCUUGAAGCCAAACAGAAUCAGGCUUGGGAACUGGGAGGUUCAUCCUCUAUCAAAGCAGCAGUUACAAUACGCAGCAACGGAUGCUUAUGCUUCAUGGCAUCUUCACCAGGUUCUUAAGGACCUUCCUGAUGCUGUCAGUGGCUCAUAA